AUGGCUAUCCAGGCGCUUGAACAGCAAUGUUCUGCAAAAAAGAGUAUUUUGCGUAGACAGCUGGAACGAGCCUUGGAUAAAAUACCUUUGCCAAAACCGUCUUCUUCCUGUGGCUUAUCUGAUGUCGCCUUUAUCCCAAGCACACUGAGCAAUGAAUUUAUGUCACUUAUUGGUUUGGAAGAGGUUGAUUUUGACCCCUGUCUUUCUGGUAAAUCAUCUGAAUCUAGACGUGUGUUUAGCCCUUUUGCGUGUGUUCGCUGCGGAACUGAUUUUACUCCAGUUUGGAAACGAGAAAGGCCUGGAUCCUCAGGAGUUAUUUGUGAAACAUGCCUUACUGGUGUUCAACAGUUGGCUCUUCAAAAAGAUUACGAAGCAGCUAUUGAUAGUAUUAUGAAACAGCAUGCUGCUUCAGAAAAAGACGUUGAGAAAGAACUUAAAGAAAUAGUUAACUCUCCUUCUCGCCUGGAAUCUUUUAUUAAGGAGCAAGAGAAAAAGCUUGCUGCAACUCAACAAGCUCAACUUGCUGUCCUUCAACAGCAGCAUCAAAUACAACAGCAGAAUCAGCAGGUUAUCUCGCAACCGCCGAGAUACCAGCAGGGAUUUGUGAAUCCUGCGUCUGUAGCUGCUGGUGCCCGACACCAGCAGGCAGUUGCCAAUAGCUCAGUAUCUUCGGCAGCUAUGAAUCAUCUGCAGAACCCAGUCAAUGCUGGCUCUUUGAAUGGACCUACGCUCGGUUUAUCGGGCUUAAUGAGUUCAUCUGCUAACACGGUCACUUCGACUCCUGCUGCUAGCACUCGCAGACAUCCGCAAUCACAGUUACCGCAACAAACCUUAUCUCAAUCUACAUCUGUUGUCCAACAACAACCACAGGCGUCCUCAUUGUCUAAUUCUGGUCUUGCACCCGUGCUCAACCCUCAGCUACCUGCUCAGUCAAGUAAUAACGCGGCGGCUGCGGCAGCAGCAGCAUCGCUCUGUAACAACCCAGCGGGAUUAGCUGGUCUUGCUGCUGCAGGUGGCCUAACGGCGCAACAGCUAAUGGCAAUAGCGGCAGCCCAGCAACAGCAGCAACAGCAAGUUGUCGCUGCUCAGCAACAGUUGCAACAGCAGCAGCAACAUCUGCAGCAAUUGCAGCAACAACAACAACUGGCUUCACAUUUCCAAGCACAAUUUGCUGCUAAGCAGCAACAGGCGCAGGCGCAGCAAGCUCAACAGGUUCCAAAUAAUUUAUCCCAUCUGACUAAGUUUGGAUAUCAGUUUCAGAAUUUUACGAAUAUUUCGAAAGGAGAGAAAAAUUAUGCUAUGCCUCUUCAGUAA